AUGGCUAGGGGAGGUGCCGUGACCAAGGCUUUGGACCAGAAGGUCUAUAAUCUAAUAUUCAAACUUCUUGAUGAUAGAAGCGCAGCGAACAAGGAGAAAAGUGGUGGCGACGAGUCUAAGUGGUUUCUUGACAUCGCUCUAGCUAGAGACCUCAGAAGCGCAGAAGUCAUCGACUAUUUGCUUAAACAGGACUUGCUGUUGCAGAGGCUCAAGAGAUCCAUUCUUGAAGAGUCCGUUGAUGUUAUAUUGAAGGAGCUUAGAAAGGAUGAGGAAGUGGAGCUCGCAGAAGCCAUUAAACUCAAGGAUGAGUACGAGCUUCAAAAUGCAGCUCAGAUAGAUAGCGACUUCGAAAACGCCGACCCCAACAAUCUCAUGACGGUGAAGGACUCAAAUGAGCUCAACAAAUCGGUGGUGUCGAUGUGGAACAAAGACAGCGAGAAAGUUGAAAGCGACGCUGAUGAAAAGAAGACCAAGAAGAGAGGCCGAGACUCGGCAAAACCAGCUUCCAAGCAGAAGAGAAGCAAGAUCGACCACACCCCACCCACAUCAACGCUACUGUCUCUAGGGGGUCUUUCCGCUGUGACGACACAACUCAUGGAGCUUGUUGGGCUACCCAUUUUGCAUCCAGAGAUCUACCAAUCCACUGGUGUGGACCAUCCAAGGGGAAUUCUCUUAUACGGCCCACCUGGAUGUGGUAAAACAACUAUCGCCAAUGCUUUGGCUGGCGAAUUGAAGGUGCCUUUCAUCAACUUUUCAGCACCUUCUGUUGUUUCGGGUAUGUCUGGUGAAUCCGAGAAAAAGCUUCGAGAGAUCUUCGAGGAUGCUCGUUCCGUAGCUCCUUGUUUGAUCUUCAUUGACGAAAUUGAUGCUAUUACCCCAAAGAGGGACGGUGGUGCUCAAAGGGAAAUGGAACGUCGUAUCGUCGCCCAGCUCCUUACAUUGAUGGACGAGCUCACAUUGGAAAAUACAGAUGGCAAGCCAGUUAUUGUCAUGGGAGCUACAAACAGGCCUGACUCUCUUGAUCUGGCUUUGCGUAGAGCUGGUCGUUUCGACAGAGAGAUUUGCCUUAACGUUCCUGAUGAAGAGCAGAGAUGCGCCAUUCUCAAGACAAUGACAUCGAACCUCAAACUUGAUGCUUCCAACUUCAACUACCGUGAACUCGCAAAGCUUACUCCGGGAUUUGUCGGUGCAGACUUGAAGAGUUUGGUCACUGCUGCUGGAGUCGUUGCCAUCAAGCGUAUCUUUGAGAGUCUCAGUGAAAUCGAUGAGGAGCUGUCAUCAAAAAACGAUGCAGUUGAUAUGGACGUGGACAGCAACAACAAUACCAAACAGGUGGUUCCAAAUGCUCUUGCGAACAUGAAAUUUGACAAAAAGUCUGAGGAACAACAGCUCAGUACAAUCCAGAAGUUCCUCAUAAAACAUCCAGAUCCACUCUCGGAGGAACAGUUGGCUCCCCUUAGCAUAUCCUUCUCCGACUUCAAAGAAGCUUUGCCAAACAUUCAACCUACAGCAAAGCGUGAAGGUUUUGCAACCAUUCCAGAUGUCACUUGGAAGAAUGUGGGCGCUCUCAGCAAUAUUCGUAUGGAGCUCCACAUGUGCAUUGUUCAGCCUAUCAAGAAGCCUGAGCUAUAUCAAAAGGUUGGUAUCAGUGCCCCUGCUGGUGUUCUUAUGUGGGGUCCACCUGGAUGUGGUAAGACAUUGUUGGCCAAAGCUGUGGCCAACGAGUCCAGGGCUAACUUCAUCUCUGUCAAGGGUCCGGAACUUCUUAACAAGUAUGUCGGUGAGUCUGAACGUGCUGUGCGACAGGUGUUCCAACGUGCUCGUGCCUCUGUUCCAUGCAUCAUCUUCUUUGACGAGCUCGAUGCUCUUGUGCCCAGAAGAAAUUCCACCUUAUCUGAAUCCAGCUCUAGGGUGGUGAAUACCCUUUUGACAGAGCUUGAUGGCCUCAAUGACAGAAAAGGUAUUUUCGUUGUUGGUGCUACGAACAGACCAGACAUGAUUGACCCUGCCAUGUUGAGACCCGGCCGUCUAGACAAGACACUUUACAUUGAAUUGCCGACCGCCGAAGAACGUUUGGAUAUUCUUAAAACCCUUGUUUCGGCAAAUACCACGCCAUUGGGCCCAAACGUGGACUUGCAUGCCAUUGCCAACGACUCAAGAUGCCGCAAUUUCUCGGGUGCCGAUUUAUCGCUGUUGGUGAGAGAAGCAGGUGUGUUCGCUCUUAAGAAGAAGUUCUUCCACGGCCAGAAAAUCCUGGAAUUGGAUGAAUCCGGAUAUUACGAGGAAGACAAGAAUGAUAACGAUAUCGUUGUCACCAAGAGUGACUUCGAUGGUGCCCUUCUGAGUAUCAAACCCAGUGUUACAGAUAAGGACCGGGCAAAGUACGAGAGAUUGAGCCAACGUAUGGGCUGGGGCGUGAUCCAAGAAGAGGAAAAGAAAGAGGACGAAGAGAAAAAUUAG